AUGGCCUCAUCCCGACCCCGGAUCCCUCGAUCCAUCCUCUCCCUAGUCCUCCUCCUCUUCAUCACCACCGCUCUCCUUCUCUCCUCUGUGCAGGCACAAGAGUCCCCCUCUGCAUCUCCCUCUCCUUCAGAACAACCGACCGUGGCGUCAACCGAGCCACUGACCCCCACCCCCACCGUCGAUCCUGUUACCCCUACCCCGGAUCCUGCUGUCCCUACCACAGACCUCCCUACUCCCACAAGUGCUCUCCCAACAACCACUGCCGCCCCCAUACCCUCUGCCACUCCCAUCUUCUCGACCUCUGACGCCUGUGUCAGCUGCAAGAGCAAUUACCUUGCUGUCUACAACUGUGCGUCAAGAAUCCCAGUCAACGGCAACCUGACGACCAUCAGUCAGGUCUUCCCCUUCUAUCAGUGCAUUUGUCCAAACGAUGGCGAGCUGAUCGAUGCCCUUCAAGAAUGCAGUGUCUGUUUGCGCCAGACUGGACAGCUCACGUAUCUCAAUCGCACCUUCUAUAACGUUACAAACCAGGACGUCAAGGCCAUGAAGCAGGCCUGUCUCGAGACCUCGGAUGGACUCAAGGUCCCCAACAAGGCAGGAGGCAGGUGGGACAUGCUUCUGUCCGCCGCUGCUUGGGGUACCAUCUCAGCGAUGGUCCUGGUGCUUGUACCUCUAGGGGGACUAUAA